AGGAUUAAACCAGGUAGAUUUGCUGAAUAGAAUUUAUUACCGGAUUAAUGAGUGAUAUUUGAAAUCGUGUUUGGCGCAGAAGUCGGCAAAGGACACAAAAAGGGAAAACGGAAAGGGCUACUUGUGACAGAAGCAUGUCCCGCUGAAUUGAUGAAAUUCCAAAAGGGUAAAGUUGAUGUUGAAUGAUAUUCGGAGAACUUGGCAGAGGAUCACCGACUAUAUUUGCCUAUUGCCUGAGAUUAAUGAAUGCUUGCAUUAAAGGGGCGUCGUUCUCUCGCACUUGUACUCGGAAAAAGCCUCUUUUAGGUUGAUACGUUUGGAAAGGUCACUGCUCUUUGGGUUCACGGAUCUUGGAGAACCUGUUCUGGGGAAUGAUAUACAGAUAAAAAACAAAACAAUUUACAAUGGGGAACCUGAAAUCCAAAUUGAAGCGUUCGAAAAGUAAAUCCAAAAAGUCGGCUCAGUUACCCGACUCUUCAUCCACCAACAAGACUGUGGAUCCGCGCCUACCGUUCUCAAACUACCGACAGAUCUUUAAUAUUCGUAAUGGAUGGAAAUCGGUGGCCCGGGUGAUGGAGGACACAGCCAAAGAAACUCUUAUCAGACUAUUGGAGAAACACCCCGAAUACAGAGAGAAGUACCCCAUGAUAGCUAGUCUCAACACAGAGGAAGAACUCAGGGAGAGCUUGGAGUUUGAGACAUACGCCAUGCAGAUCUUUGGACUCUUUGAUGAGGUUAUUCAAAAUCUGGAAAACGUUGAUGCAGCACUUGACGAAAUCGAACACACCGGAAAACAACUCACGUUACAGCUUAUCACGGAUCUGGAGGAAUGCUUUAUGAACUCUUUACAUUUGGUUCUAGAUGAACGGUUUACAGAUACAUUACAGGAGAACUAUCGCCUUUUGUAUGGAUUUGUCAAAUCUAAUAUACCACAACAGGGUGCCUGACAGUAAUGGCCUUGUAGUCCUGUAUAGGAACGCUGUAAACGAAUGUUUAGGACAUAUCAAGUGUACAACGUUACGAGUACAGACUGAUAUAAUGGGACUCUGGACGUUGACUAAUUUGGCAGGCACAGAAACACAACGAACACUUUAUAUCUUUAUUUCAUUAAAUUAUUUAUUUCAGUAGAAGCAAUAUUACAUAAGUAAUUCUUCUAUAGAACCAUGCAAUUAUGGUGCAUGUUGAAUGAGAAUUCAUGCAAAUAUGCAUAUUGUAUUUAUAUUAUUUUGUGCAAAUUUACUGGAUGGUACAAUAUUUUAUGCAGAUGUUGCUACAAUAAAAGCAGAUAUAGAAACAAUCAA